AUGUACUCAAUCAGAAGCCUGCCCACCAUGGCUCACCGGGAGCAGCGACAGGAAGAUGGAGUGGAAGACAUGACGCAGUUAGAGGAGAUGCAUGAAGAAGCUGUUCUGAUGAACCUGAGGAAAAGAUCUGAGAGGGAGCUUAUCUAUACAUACAUAGGUAGUAUUCUGGUGUCUGUGAACCCCUACAAGAUGUACAACAUCUACGGGACGGACAUGCUGUUGCUGUACAAGGGUCGUGCUCUGGGAGAGAACCCUCCGCAUUUGUUUGCCAUAGCAAACGCUGCUUAUUCCAAAAUGAUGGAUGCCAAACACAACCAGGUCAUAAUAAUCAGUGGGGAGAGCGGGUCGGGGAAAACAGAGGCCACCAAACUAGUCCUUCGCUACCUAGCAGCAAUUCAUCACAAAAGCAAUCUUGUGCAACAGAUACUCGAGGCAGCUCCUCUGCUGGAAUCUUUUGGAAAUGCCAAAACUCUACGGAACGAUAAUUCCAGUCGCUUUGGGAAAUACAUAGAGGUCUUUCUGGAGGAUGGUGUGAUCAGUGGUGCCAUAACCUCUCAGUAUCUGCUGGAAAAGUCUCGUAUCGUCUUCCAGGCCAAAGAUGAGAGGAACUAUCAUAUCUUCUACGAGAUGCUGGCAGGUCUUCCCUCGCAGCAGAGGCAGGCUUUCUAUCUCCAGGAGGCUGAGACCUACUAUUACCUCAACCAGGGAGGGGAUUGUGGAAUAACAGGAAAGAAUGACGCAGAGGACUUCCUGCGUCUGCUCGCUGCCAUGGAGAUCCUUCACUUCACCCCCGACGACCAGUCGGCCAUCUUUAGAGUUCUUUCUUCCAUACUGCACCUGGGCAACGUCUACUUUCAGAGAUAUGAGUCAGAUGGCCAGGAGGUGGCGUCGGUGGUGAGCGCUCAGGAGAUCAGAGUGGUGGCAGAGCUGCUGCAGAUCUCUCCAGAGGGACUACAGAAAGCCAUCACCUACAAAGUGACAGAGACGAUGCGGGACAAGAUCUCCACCCCAUUGAGUGUGGAAAGUGCCGUUGAUGCCAGAGAUGCUGUUGCCAAGAUCCUGUACUCGCUGCUCUUCCGUUGGUUAACAGAGAGGAUCAACGCUCAGGUGUACCCCCGCCAACACAGCCUUUCCAUCUCCAUCCUGGACAUUUACGGAUUUGAGGAUCUGGCCUUCAACAGCUUUGAGCAGCUUUGCAUUAAUUAUGCAAACGAGUACCUGCAGUUCUUCUUCAACAGGAUCGUGUUCAGGGAGGAACAGGAGGAGUACAGCCGGGAACAGAUCCCCUGGCAGAACAUCCCUUUCAGUGACAACCAGCCCUGCAUUGACCUCAUUGCCGCUAAGCCUCAUGGGAUACUGAGGAUCCUGGACGACCAGAGCUGUUUCCCACAGGCGACGGACCACACGUUCCUCCAAAAGUGUCACUAUCACCAUGGCAGCAACCCACUGUAUCAGAAGCCAAAGAUGCCCAUCCCGGAGUUCACCAUCAAGCACUUUGCCGGCCGGGUCACCUACCAGGUUUACAAGUUCCUCGAUAAGAACUACGACCAGGUCCGCCAGGAUGUCCUGGACCUUUUCAUCCAGAGCAAGAACAAGAUGGUGUCAAAUCUCUUCCUGGUUCACGCAGAGGUCACAGGUCAGCAGAGAGGAGGUCACAUGAGGAAGAGCAGCACGGUCACCAGAAAAUACCAAGCUCCCACCGUCAGCAACAAGUUCCAACAGUCCCUGCUGGAGCUGGUGGAGAAGAUGGAGAGGUGCAACCCUUUUUUCGUUCGCUGCAUUAAGCCAAAUAAUAUGAAGCAAGCAGGUGUAUUUGAGGACGACCUGGUCAGCAGCCAGCUGAGACACUCAGGUGCCCUCGAGACCAUUAGGAUCCGUCGAGAGGGGUAUCCUGUCAGAAUGCCAUUCUACGUCUUCCUGUUCAGGUAUAAGUCCCUGGUGGGGAUACGAGAGCCUCCAGCUGCGAAUGGAGAGAACUGUGUGAUGAUGCUCAGUAAGCUGUGUCUCCUCAGACCAGGAGCCUACCACGUUGGAGUCACCAAGUUGUUUCUGAAGGAGGACGUCUCCCAAGUGUUGGAGUGUAAACGGGAGCGCUCGCGUCAACUCGCGGCUCUCACCCUGCAGCGGUACACCCGCAUGUUCUUCGUCAGGAAGCGAUUCGUGGCCUUCCGCAAAAAGAUCAUCGGGCUCCAAGCGCAGUGCCGAGGCUUCCUCACAAGGAAGCGCUACAUGAAAAUGAGGCAGAGUCUAGUCCGCUUCCGCUCUCUCGUCCACAUGUACGUCAACCGCAAGCAGUACAUCAAGAUGCAGUUUAAAGCUCGGAGGAAAGCUGAAGAGGAGAGGAGGAGGAGGGAGACGGAGCUGACCAAGAGGGAGGUGGUUAACGUCACACACUUGGUGAUCCCUGCAGAGCUGGGCGCAUUGCUGCAGGCAGCAGGAGGUCUGAGAGAGUUGCACUCAGACUGUCUGGCUCUGCUUCAGGCUCCUCAUAUCCAGGAAGAGGCUCAACUCACUCUGCCUCUGGACAUCAACAACUACCCGUUCUACCGCUAUGUGCAGAUCUACUUUAGGGAGCCAAAGUUUGGGAUGUUGAUGGCACCUCUGGAGUCACCUCUGACCCGUGUGGAGGAGGACCUGAGAGGAGAAGCUGUGGCGCUCUUCGUCAUGGUGUUACGCUUUAUGGGGGACCCUCACCUGAACGGUGCGCAAGAAAACAUGUUUGGGAAUUACAUCAUCCAAAGGGGCCUCUCCUCUCCGGGGUUACAGGACGAGAUCCUGGCUCAGGUCGUCAACCAGGUGUGGAGGAACGUAAACUAUGACAACGCCGAGAGAGGCUGGCUGCUGCUGCUGGCGUGUGUCUGCAGCUUCGCGCCGUCGCCCAAGAUGGACAAAUAUCUACUGAAGUUUGUAUCUGACCACGCCCCUGCUGGUUGCCAGGCGUUACUGCAACACAGACUAAUCCAAGCCAAUCAGAAGACACAGCUGGGAUCGGGCGCCGCCCCCGAGACCGCAAGGACCUAUCCGCUGUCGCUGCUGGAGUGGACGGCCAAUAGGAAGAAGGCAAACAUGGUGUUGCACGUGCACUGUUUUGACGGAGGGUCCUUCUUGUGUCCGGUCCACGCCUGGACCAGCGGGGAGGAUUUAGCGGGACACAUCCUGCGCCACAGGGGAGUGUCCGACUGGUGGAGGGGGAGUUCGGUCCUGAUGAAGGAGCACGGCCAGUGGGUGGAGUUAGCGGGUCACGACUAUGUGAUGGACCUGGUUUCGGACCUGGAGCUUCCGCCGGACUUCCCGAAGCAGAAGAGCUACUUCGUCAUCAGUACUGACGACCCGGCCAGAGUCAGAGCCAACGCCGGCCUUGCUUUGUUUGGCAGUGGCUUUGAGUCCGAUGAGGAGCUUCCUCCUGCCUUUCCUCUCCGUAACAGCAGACCGGCCUACAGUUUGCCUGACUCUGACGGUUACUACAGCCACGGAGAGUCGGACGUGUUCAGUGACGGUCAGACCCAGAGAGGAAUGGACCGCUACCUGGACAGUCUGUUUGACCCGGUGCUGUCAGACAGCAGCAUCGACAUGGACAAACGUGGAAGUUUGUCAGCGAGGAUGAAGGGAGGAGGAGGUAUAGGCAUCACAGGAGAAGGGGAGAGUCGGACCACCCCCAGCCGGCCGUAUCCUCCAGGAAUACAUCCCGGAGCUGUGCCAGUGCUUCCAGUAGCGGGAGGAAUGAUGCCACCCAUCCCCGCCAUGCCAAUCCCCUCCCACCACCAUCACCACGAACAGCACCAACAGCAGCAGCAGCCGCAACCGCAGCCGGCGCCACGGCCUCAACAAUUCAACCAAUACAACCUUCCCCAACACCCCGACAGCCAACAGACUUCUUCCACUAUCACUCCUUCCACACGCGUAGCACCCAACCCGUCACCCACUCGUGCACCCGCUGCCGAUAGAGAUAACGUAGCAUCCCGUGUCGCCGGCGUCCCCGGUCUGCCGGCGGGGCCCUCGCUCCCUGUCGCGCCUGCGGUUCCAGGCUUGCCUGUGAUGACAGGCGUGCCAGGAUCGGAGCAGACGAUACUGACUCAACAGCAGCAGGCCAUCAUCAACCAGCAAGCGAUCAUUCUGGCCCAGCAGAUGACCAUGCAGGCCAUGGCGAUCCAGCAGCAGAUGUUGUCUUCCUUCCCCCCCGUUGCCCCGGCGCCCCAGUCGCCCCCCUUACACUAUUACACACACCUACCAGAACGGUCACACACAACUAGCCAUACCAAAGAGAGAGAAGACCCGCCGUACAAGUCUGCUGCUGUUCAGCGAAAAAUGAGUCCAACACGUGGCCCGCCUCCUGAGGACGUGGUCCGAUCCAGUUCGAGUAACACAAAGCGCAUCGAUCCCAGCCACGACAUCAAAGACAUCAUCAAACAGCACCAGCCGGCUGAGGCGACAACUUCUACUGGACCCGCCACACAGAGGAAAAGUGAUGGAAAGGGGUUUGCGAAGAAGCCAGACCCACACGAUGAAGCUAUGGAGAUCCUUAAAGAUCAGAUGUCAAACCCUCCACAACCGAUUCAAAGGAAGCCUCAAACCUCCCUUCGUAAAGAAGAGGGAGGAGUUAAGGUUUCCAAGACAACAAAAUCUCACACUGCGGGGCCAACAAGCUCGAGCAUAAGCCCCGCCCAUCCUCCAGUCUCUAGAGAGUUACCAGUAGAGGAGGAGAUCAUUCAGACUCAACUCCACAGCAGGACUAGUGAUGAAUAUUACACGUACUCCAACGUCCCGUGGAAACUCUACAUGAGGAAGGAGGUUUUCUAUCCUAAAGAGACCUUCAACAGUCCACUGGUUCUGGACCUGCUCUUCAGACAGGUUGUACAUGACACCUUCGCUGAGGCCUGCAUCCGAAUCACCCAGGAGGAGAGGCAGAAGAUGAAAGCUUUAUUUGCUGAGAACAAAGUGGACCAGGUGUCGGGAACGCACGACGAGAACGCGAAGAAGAAAGUGGUCGCCAUGGCCAGAGACCUGUGGGAGAUUUACUUCUCCCGCCUCUUCCCAGCCUCUGGCAGUGUGGGGACAGGAGUGCAGGUGCUGUCUGUGUCUCAUAAAGGAAUCAACCUGCUGAAGAUGGUGAGGAGUAGCUCUGCUGCUCCAGACUACUUUAGAGUGCUGAGGCCUUACAGCUACUCGGACAUCCUGUUUGUGUCGAUUCCCUCCAAGAACAUGCUGGAGUUCAACCUGACCAACGAGAAGCUGAUCCUGUUCUCGGCCAAGGCCCCGCAGGUCAAGCACAUGAUCGACUACUUCCUCACAGAGCUGAAGAAGGACUCCGAGUACGUGGUGGCGGUGAGGAACUACGUCACUGAGGACAGGGCGGCGCUCAGCUUCCACAAAGGAGACAUCGUCAGACUUCAGCACAUGGACGGGCUGGAGGCCGGCAAACAUUACGGCUGCAUAGUGAGGAAGAAGGUCAUGCUUCUGGAGGAGCUAAAGAGAGACACUCCUGAGUUUGGCUGGCGGUUCGGGGCCGUGUACGGAAAAUCUGGAGUGUUUUCCAGCGACUAUGUGCGUCCUGUGGCCGCUCCAGACUUCCUGGUUCUCCCCGCUGAGCGAGUGGAGCCUCGAGACCGACAGGGACGAGUCGCCGCAUCAGCUGCUAUCGCCGUGGCGAUGGGCUCAGCAGUAGCUGCCCACGAGCUCGACCUCUCCACAGAGGUAGUAAAUGAGAUGUAUGGGGACAGUCUGAGCGCCGAGCUGGACGAUCUGCCUCUGCACAGCGGUCAGUACCACAUGGCGGAGUUUGCCAAGAAGUACUUCAGAGAGGCGCAGAAGAACAGAAGUGACCAUAAAGCCAAAAAGGGGAAGGAGGGCAGGGACCCUGUUGACAUGGUCAAAUUCUCCAAGUCUCCCAUCCAGGACUCUCUGAUCGACUUCUCGGACAGCGGGAUGAACAGAGUGGCUGCCGACAUCUUCUUAGCCGUAAUGAAGUUCAUGGGAGACUUCCCUCUGAAAGGUCAGACUGAACCGGACCUGGUGACCACGAUACUGAAGUUGAGUGGUGACCACGGCCUGAUAAAAGAUGAAGCUUACUGCCAGUUGAUGAAGCAAGUCACCACCAACACCAGCUCUAAACCGGACAGUUGUCAGAGGGGAUGGAGGCUGCUGUACAUCCUGGCAGCUUUCCAUCGCUGCUCCGACGUCAUGAAGCCGUUUCUGUUGAAGUUCCUGCAGGACGCCUGUGACAGCCCCGGGAUGCAGUACCAAGGUAUUGCCAAGGCAUGUGAGCAGAAUCUGAGGAGGACUUUUCAAUAUGGUGGACGUACGCAGUAUCCCAACAACAUGGAGCUCAAAGCUAUGCUGGCUGGGCGGAGCUCCAAGAGACAGCUGUUCCUGCUGCCAGGUGGGAUCGAAAGGCACUUAAAAAUCAAGACGUGCUCUGUUGCUCUGGACGUCAUCGAGGAGCUUUGCUACGAGAUGGGACUUCACAGGGUGGAGGCUCUGGAUGAAUACGCCGUCUUUUCGGUCACGCACAAAGGUCAGAACGUGCGUCCCCUGAACAAGCGCGAAUACAUCCUGGACAUUGCGACAGAGGCGGAGCCAGUGGACGCCAACUACAGCCUGUGGUUCAGGAGAGUCAUAUGGAGUCUGGCUCUCAAACUCGACAACGAACUCUAUGUCACCAUGCACUAUAACCAGGUGUUGCCAGACUACCUGAAGGCCUUGCUGAGUGUGGUUCCUCAGGGUCAGGCCAGUGACCCGCAUCUGCAGCAGAUCGCCAGACUGGCUGCUCUGCAGCACCGUGCCAAGGACACCAUCUACCUGCCCGCCAUCCGUGAGGUGCAGGAGUGCAUCCCCCCACAGUUCUACAGCAAACAGGGUUCACAGCUCUGGGUGAAUAUGGCAACUCAACACAUGCAGCAGGUGCAGCCCUUAAACCCGCACCAGGCUCGUGCACAGUUCCUCGGUCUGGUCAGUGCCUUCCCCAUGUUCGGCUCCUCCUUCUUCUACAUCCAGAGCUGUAGCUCAUCCUCCAUCCACGCCCCGUGCAUCCUGGCUGUCAAUCUGAACGGACUGCACUUUCUCAACAAGGAUACUCAUGAGGCCAUGGUGCGUUUCCCUCUGAAGGAAGUCCAGUCAACUCGCACUCAGAGGCCGACUUCAGGUUCCAGUUAUCCGUAUGUGGAGAUCAUGAUAGGAGACCUGCUCAACCAGCGCAUCACACAGCUACAGCUGGAGCAGGGCCUGGAGCUGUGCCGAGUCAUCGCCAUGCACAUGGAGAACAUGUUGUCAGUCAGAGAAAAGAGACUCACUUUGCCACCAAGUGAAAUCACUCUGCUAUAACUAUAACACAAAAAAGCACACACACACGCACACACCGAUUUCACACUUUAUGCCUUGUAAAUGAACUGCAUCUACCUCUAAUUAGAAAAUAGAAUAUUUUGAUACGUAAAGCUAAUGUUUCUGUAAUGUUCGGAGAUGAUGUCGAUGACAUAAACAAGGGAACUCAAUUCAAGCUGCAACCAAAGAUUAUCUUCUUCGUUAAUCGAUUGAUCUGUAAAAUGUCAGAGAAGUACAACACAUUCAAAUCAUAAUUUACCCACAGCCAAUGUUCAAACUGGCUUGUUUUGUCCAAUCAACAGUCCAAACCCCUAAUAUAUUAAUUUUACUAUCAUAGAACAGUAGGAAAAGCAGGAUAAUAUAUUAAAUAGUCAAAAUUGGGCCAUGAUUAGUUUAUAUAUAUAGUUAUAGUUAUCUUUCUGAACUUGACAUAUACACCUGAUUUUUCAGUGCCGCCUUGUACAUACUUUCACACACACAUACCACUGAGUUUAAUGCAUUCAUGUGUCUGAUGAAAUGUAGAAAGUCAGACUUCUAUAAAUGACUAACCCCAUUUAUGUUUUUAGUUUGACAUGUUUAGCCAAAACUGUUUAAGAUCUUGUCUGCCAUGGCUGCUUUAUAAAGUUCAGAGGCCUCUUUAAUUACCUUUAACUUCCCCACUGUAGCAGAGUUAUAUUACUCCGAGGGGCAACGCUGAAUUAAAAUGUGUGCUUUGCUCUCCACAAACAAACUGAAAUGUGUGAAACUUAAGUGGAAAAUGAACUUCCCUUAAACACUAAUAGAAACUUGAGUAACCUACAUACAUUAUUUAUGAACCCGUAAGGUUAUUUUUCUUUUUUUUAAUGAAAACGAAAGUUGUGACAAGAAACACAUUUUGGCGCACAAAGGCCACAUCCCUGAACUCUUUGCACUAAUAAAAAUUAUUAUUUAUACAAUGUAUAUUUAUGUAUUUGUAAAUACCUGUUGUACAUAAC